UUGGCGGUCACUGUCAGACUGUCAGUUGUGUUAAAAAAUAAUAUUUAGUUUGAAUGCAAAUGCUCAAAUCAGAUUUACAUUGAAUUAAAAUGGUGCAAAAUGAAUCAGAAAGUUGGACAAGUGAUGAUACGAUAAGAAUUUUGAUCGCUUCAGAUAUUCAUUUGGGUUAUUUAGAAAACGAUGCGGAGCGCGGCGAGGAUAGCUUCAUCGCUUUCGAAGAAGUUUUGUCGCUGGCUGUCCAAUACGACGUUGAUCUCGUGUUGCUUGGGGGUGACCUGUUUGACCAGGCGAAGCCCUCUCCGAGCUGUAUGUUCAAGUGUACUCAGAUCAUCCGCAAGUAUUGUUUCGGAGACAAACCGGUUAGUGUAGAGUUGCUAUCAGAUCAGUUACAAAAUUUUUCAAGAGUUGUUAACUACGAGGAUCCUAAUUUGAAUAUUUCCUACCCCAUUUUAUCAAUUCAUGGCAACCACGAUGAUCCCGUUGGACAAGGCAGCAUUAGUUCCCUGGAUAUACUUUCUAUGACGGGACUGGUUAACUAUUUUGGUAAAUGGAGCGAUUACACGCAUGUUCGAGUGUCUCCUGUUCUCUUGCAGAAGGGGGAGACCAAAUUGUCUCUGUAUGGAUUGAGUCAUCUCAAAGAUCAGCGACUCUCCCGCUUAUUCGGGGAAAAGAAAGUUGAAAUGGACCUGUUAGAAGACAAUAAUGAUUGGUUUAACAUUCUCGUGCUUCAUCAAAACAGAGCUGAUAGAGGCCAUGGAAAUUACAUUCCAGAAAAUGUGUUGCCAAAUUUUUUAGAUCUAGUCAUAUGGGGACACGAACAUGACAGUCAAGUGUUUGCUAUGAAGGGUAUAAAGAGAGAGAAUGAAGGUUUCUGUGUGAUCCAGCCGGGCAGUACAGUGGCUACAUCUUUGGCUGCAGGAGAGGCACUGCCCAAGCAUUGUGCUCUGCUGCAGUUACACAAAAAAGAUUUUAUUGUAACUCCUCUACCUCUGAAGACUGUGAGACCUUUCAUUUUUAAAACAAUUGUUCUGUCAGAAGAAAAUUUAGGUGGCAAAACAGUGAAGGAAAGUGAGAGAGUACAAGAAUUUUUAAAGGAAAAAGUGGAGGCAGCUAUAGAAGAAGCGAACAAGUUACGCAGUGGCAAUCCGAAACAGCCAAGGCUUCCCUUGGUCCGUCUCUCAGUGUUUUAUGAACAUGACAGUCAAGAUUUCAACCGCAUUCGAUUUGGUCAAAAUUUCAAUGGUAUAGUAGCAAACCCUAAUGACAUUUUAAUAAUGAAAAAAGAGAAAAAAAUAAGGGAAAGAAAAGAAAACGAAAAAUGUGAGGAGGUGGACAUGAGAGGCGCGGCCGUGGAAGCGACCGACGUGGAGACGUUGUUGCGGGCGUACUACAGCGCGCUGCCGGCCGAGCGACGCCUCGCCGUGCUCUCGGUGCGCUCCAUCACCGAGGCGGUGCGCGACUACACCUUAAAGCGCGACGACGGCGUGUUUCGCCGUGUGCUGGAGGGGCACCGGCGACAUUGUGUAGAGUCCUUACUCGACUCGACUGCCGAGACGGUUGAAGAGGUACAUGAGCGACUGCGGAUAUGCAAGGAGGUAUUGGAUGCGACGGAAGAGGCACAGCUGAAGGGAUUGAUCGAGCAGGCCGCUACCAAACGAGCGGUGACAGUGGACGAGAGCGAAGAAUCCGAGGGCGAGGUGGUGGUGGAGCGCGUGUUGGAGGGGCGCGGCCGAGGCCGGGCUCGAGGGCGGUCGCCGCGGGGUGCGCGGGGCAGGGCCCGGGGACGCGCGCGCGCCCCCUCGCCCGAGCGCCGCACGCCGCGCCGCCAGGCCGCGGUCAAGUCCAACGAGUGGUUGCAGAAACUCUCCGCCGAGCGAGUCUCACGGCGUAGGCACGAUUCCUCUGAAAUCGAACUCUCCGAUUGACAACUUAUUUCACUGUAUUAUGUAUAUUACAGUCUUCCUUUCA